AUGAGUACCAUUCUUUAAGCAAACCAAGAAUCACAAACAUAUAAAUAUAUGGCCCAAGUCAAAUAAAUCUAUAAUGCAGUAACAGGAAUUGAAACUGAAAAUAUUGUGUGCGCUUCUUUAAGUUCACAAAAAACUCUACUUAGAGGUAGACAAAAGUAAGCUAAAAAACGAUAGUGA